CUCGUUAUGAUCAAUAGUGCAGUACCGACGACAGCCUGUUGGGUCGUACUUUCGCUCUAGUGUCCUGACGGCUCCUUUUUUCGGUUAUCCGUUCUUUAAAUUAUUCAAGGUGUCGGUUUCAAGCAGUGUCCUACCAGGGGCUAUCACGAUGAAGAUGCUGGCAGCAGAAGGUCCGGACAUAACACCGGUUGAAUCCUCCGGCGAAUGGCACAGCGCGACGUUCUGGGUGCUGGUCGUGGGUGCGGCCGCUCUGCUGGCCAUCAUCCUCGCCGCCGUCGCCUGCUGGGUGGCGCGCAGGCGUCACUCGCUUGCUCAUAAGCUCGGCGGCAAACGUGGACCGGACAAGGCGCUCGUGUUCCAGCCUCCCCGACGCGCCACGGCUGUGCGCUCGCCAGGCUCCGCCACGCACUACUUGCGCAAGUCGCCGUCGCCCACCGCACCCGCGCCAGCGCCGCCGCAGCCGCAGACCCCUGCAAAUCCGCCAUCUGGAGGCAACAGCCCUCACUCGCCGACCGCUCCCAUCGCGCCCUCCGAGCCCGCACCGCUCAGCAAGGAACUGGCCGAUGUCCACGCUACUGAGAAGGUCAAGCCUCUGGAGCCUGAGACCAAUGAUGGCAAGCUUGGUGAUCUGCAUUUUAAGUUGCGGUAUGAAAACGAGAAGAGUGCGUUGGUGGUGUCUGUGGUGUCCUGCCAGAAUCUGCCAGGUCGUGAGCCCGCUGGUCCCGACCCUUAUGUGAAGCUGCAGCUGCUGCCUGAUAAACAGCAUAAGGUCAAAACUAGGGUUGUCCGCAAGACCCGCUGCCCAGUGUACGAUGAAGACUUCACUUUCUACGGCAUCGCGCCGCACCAGCUGACUGGUAUCACCCUCCACUUUGUGGUGCUUAGCUUUGACAGAUACUCCCGUGAUGAAAUAAUCGGUGAAGUAGUGUCCCCGCUCUCGAACCUGCAGCUGCAGAGUGGUGAGGCCAUGGCGCUCUGCCGUGAAAUCCAACCUCGCAGCUUGAAGAUGCGCAGCGUGGGGCGCGGCGAAGUGCUGGUGUCGCUGUGCUGGCAGCCGGCCGCCGCGCGGCUCACCGUCGUGCUGCUCAAGGCACGCAACCUGCCCAAGAUGGACGUCACUGGUUUGGCUGAUCCGUACGUAAAGAUGUACCUGCUCUACAACGGGCAGCGCAUCGCCAAGAAGAAGACACACGUGAAGAAGCGUACCCUGAACCCGGUGUUCAACGAGUCGUUCGUGUUCGAGGUGCCCGCCGCGCCCAACGCCACGCUCGACCACGUGUCGCUCGAGCUGCUCGUGCUGGACUGGGACAGGGUCACCAAGAAUGAGGUGAUCGGUCGCGUGGAGCUGGGCGCGAACGGCACGGGCAGCGCGCGGCACCACUGGCGCGAGGUGCAGGCCGCGCCGCGACGGCAGAUCGCUGACUGGCACAAACUGAAGGAGUAGACCACUUACCACUAACAUACAGAUUACAGUCUUAUGUACGCCAAAUAACUACUUGAGUCUAUGCAGUCUUUUGUUUUAGUUAGGCUCUAAACUCGUAAAACACCUUACCGAUUUAACACCGAAUAACUGCUCAUAUGCAGCGGUCCUUCUCGGUCAGAAGAAAGUGAUUUAACAACGGUAUUAAAAUUGAAAUCUAUAAGAACAACGUAUAUUGAAGCGUUAUGAGAAAAAUUCAAAUUAUAGAGUGAACUAAUCAAUACUUUUUCAGAACUCACAUAACAUUCUGAUACCUACAUGAAGUCGUUUUGUCAAAGAGCUCUGCUCUGCUAGCAAUUUCACAACAACAUGUCUGCCCAUUUUUGGAGCAUCGCACGAAAUAUACUAAACAUUUAAUACCAGUAUAACAGUUAUGCCCAUUACCUAAACG